CGCCGUGCCACUUCUCCCCCUCUCCUAAUCUUUUAAAAGCUGCGCGUUUCUCUCAGUUGUGUUUGUUUCUCUCUCGCAGCUGCACACAGCACAUCCACACCACAAAUCGCUCUUUACUCGUUAGUUCGUCACCGCCGGCCACAGAAGGAGAGGCUCUUCUUCUGCGUUACUGCGUUUUUUUAUCCUCGUUAGAUAAAAAUGGGUAAGGAAAAGGUUCAUAUCAAUAUUGUGGUCAUUGGCCAUGUCGACUCUGGGAAGUCAACCACAACUGGACACUUGAUCUACAAGCUGGGAGGCAUUGACAAGCGUGUGAUUGAGAGGUUUGAGAAGGAAGCUGCUGAGAUGAACAAGAGGUCAUUCAAGUACGCCUGGGUGCUUGACAAGCUCAAGGCGGAGCGUGAGCGUGGUAUUACCAUUGACAUUGCCCUGUGGAAGUUUGAGACCACCAAGUACUACUGCACAGUCAUCGAUGCCCCUGGGCAUCGUGAUUUCAUCAAGAACAUGAUUACUGGUACAUCCCAGGCUGAUUGUGCUGUCCUCAUCAUCGACUCUACAACUGGUGGUUUUGAGGCUGGUAUCUCCAAGGAUGGACAGACCCGUGAGCAUGCUCUCCUUGCUUUCACCCUUGGUGUCAAGCAGAUGAUCUGCUGCUGCAACAAGAUGGAUGCCACCACUCCCAAGUACUCGAAGGCUAGGUAUGAUGAAAUCGUGAAGGAAGUUUCAUCCUACUUGAAGAAGGUUGGGUACAACCCAGACAAGGUUCCAUUCGUUCCCAUCUCUGGGUUUGAGGGUGACAACAUGAUUGAGAGGUCUACGAACCUCGACUGGUACAAGGGCCCAACCCUUCUUGACGCUCUUGACAACAUCAACGAGCCUAAGAGGCCAUCUGACAAGCCACUCCGUCUCCCACUCCAGGACGUGUACAAGAUUGGUGGUAUUGGAACUGUGCCAGUGGGUCGUGUGGAAACAGGUGUCAUCAAGCCUGGUAUGGUUGUUACCUUUGGUCCUACUGGGCUGACAACUGAGGUCAAGUCAGUUGAGAUGCAUCAUGAAGCCCUCCAGGAGGCUCUCCCUGGUGACAAUGUUGGGUUCAACGUCAAGAAUGUUGCUGUCAAGGAUCUCAAGCGUGGGUUUGUUGCCUCAAACUCCAAGGAUGACCCUGCAAAGGAGGCUGCUAACUUCACCUCCCAGGUCAUCAUCAUGAACCACCCUGGCCAGAUUGGGAACGGUUAUGCCCCAGUGCUUGACUGCCACACUUCCCAUAUUGCUGUGAAGUUCUCUGAGAUCACAACCAAGAUUGACAGGCGAUCUGGCAAGGAGAUUGAGAAGGAGCCCAAGUUCUUGAAGAAUGGUGAUGCUGGGUUCGUGAAGAUGAUUCCGACCAAGCCCAUGGUGGUGGAGACCUUCUCUGAGUACCCACCUCUCGGUAGGUUUGCUGUCAGGGACAUGAGGCAGACUGUUGCCGUGGGUGUGAUCAAGGCAGUGGAGAAGAAGGAUCCUACUGGUGCCAAGGUCACCAAGGCUGCUGCCAAGAAGAAGUGAACCGUGCAGGUUGGAUGUUUUGGUUUAAAGUUGAAGUGUCUUAUGAAUAAUUGUUGUGGUCGCGGGAAUGUAGUGUUCUCUUCGUUGACUUUCGGUGUGCCUUCGUCAAUCCUUUGUACUUGGUUAUUAGGUACCCUUUCUCAGAAUUGGGUGCUUGAUAGGCGGUGGCGUACUUUUUGAGAAUUCGAGUCCUGUGUUCGAGUCGUUUGUAGGUUGCAUUAACUGUUCCUUUGUCGAGGUGCUCUCCUCUCCGUUCAGGGGAGCUGCUCAAAAGUUUUGUUUUUUCAUCUGCUGUUGAACAGUCGAAUAUUUGGCGCUCAAUGUGUGGUUGAUAAACAUUUGUCUCAUCACCCUUUGUUUUACUGUCUCGAUUGACUGUUUGUUCCAAGUUUCAUUUGAGCUUUUAGGUUUACAAACCUUAAUCUGG